AGUUAGUAAGUUGGACAUGGAGAGUCUACAGAGAGAGAAGGAAGAAAAGGGUUGUUGACACGUGGUGAGAAGGGUUUGUAAUAGGCAACAUGUCCACUUGGCUGCCACUGGUGAACCCAUGUGUAGAGAGAGAAAGAGAGACAUUGAAUGUAGAGAGAGAAACAGGGUGUAAGGGAGCUCUGAAUGGCUUCACAUGGGGGCCUAUAAAUAGCAGAGACCGUUUCAUUUUUUUUUUACAGUAAAACAUACUGCGAACUUCACGUGCUCUGCCUCCUCUGUCUCUGCCUCUCUGUUUCAUCCAUAUCUGUGUUUCUCAAAAUCUUAUCCAUUUGUCUGUUUUUUUGGUCGUCUCUUAGUCAGUUGAUCUUUAAAAUCCAAGGUAGUUAAUAUUGUUAGUUGUGUGCCAAAAGGAAAGUGAUCAUAAUACAAAUGGAAAACACAAAGAAGCAACAAGUGGGUGGUUCAUCUUCGUCCUUUACAGUGGAUCUCUUUGGUCCCAAGGACGUCUCGCCAUCUUCUUCCUCCACUGGGCUUUUCGAUUCUGUUUUUGGCCCACCAUCGACGGGGCUAGGAAGAGACUCUUCUCACUUGAGAAACCAGGAUUUGGGAAGUCAAUAUGGCAAUGCCAAACAUGGACCACCAGCCAAUGCUUCUCAGAGAGGCAAGGGUGAAAGUAGUGGCAUGUAUUCCGGCAAGAACUCGAGCUCUGUUUAUCAGAAUGAGACAGUAGAACCGUGCUGUUACAGCUCAUCCAUCUACUAUGGUGGCCAAGAAGUUUAUUCGCCGAACAGCAAAACCACCACUUCUCAGCAUAUAAUCAAGAAAGAUGGGGGAGAUGAUGAUCCGAAUGGAAGCAACUUAAACAGCGCUUCAAGAGGAAAUUGGUGGCAGGGUUCACUCUAUUACUAAAAGCGACCCUCUACAACAUGCAAAUUCUCCAUCUUCAAAGGGAUGGUAACAUUAGCGAUCUACUUUUACGUUAUGGGAACACGGGAUGGUAGCCAAGCAAAGCCACGGUUGUAACAUGGAGCGUGUUUUUUUCCUUUGCAGUUUCGUGUUUUUGGUUAAUUUUCAAACAAUCUUGUCAAGUAUAUGAGCUGAUCUUGUUUAACAAGAGUUGAAUAUAUAUAAAACUCUUCCUACAUGUAGCUCUGUUCUAUGUAAUGAAAGUUGUUUUUGGUUUUCGCAA